AUGGAGAUGAAAUUACUGAGAUGGGUUACAAUUGUUAUUGCUCUCCUUAUUUUUUAUCAAUCCUUUACAUCGGUGAGUGCUGAUUUGAUAGAGGACACAUGCAACAAAACCUCUAACUUCAAAUUUUGUGUGUCCUUUUUAAGAUCAAAGCCUGGUAGUGCUACUGCAGAUGUUCAAGGGCUUGCUCAGAUCGUGGCUGAUCAGAUACAAAUCAAUCUGCAGGAUACAUUUUCCAAAGCCAGCAAAUUAUAUAAGGAGGCAACUGAGCGAGUUAUAAAAGAAUGCUUCCAAAUAUGCUCCGAGGAGUACGGUGUAGCUAUUCAGUACAUGAAUGGUGUCCUUGCAAAUCUGAAAUCUAAAAGUUAUAGGAAUGCAAGGGAAGGUCUUUCGGGCGUCUAUGUUGACGCAGACACUUGUGAAGAGUCGUUCCAUGAGGAACCAGUUCGACCAUCGCCAUUAACGAAAAAUAACAAUGAUGUAAAGGAUUUAGCUGUAAUUGCUGAUGUUAAAGGACUGGCUCGUAUUGCGCUUGACCAAACGCUGACCAAUUCUGUGGACACUCAAGCUCGAAUUGUGAGGUUGUUUAAUGAAACGAGUGAUGAGUAUAUUCGGAAAGGUCUUGGAACUUGCAAGGAUGAGUAUGAUUUGGGUGUUGGAAAGACUACGGAGGCCACUAAAAAUGUGAUAUUGAGUCACUUCGUGGACGCGAGGAAUGAUGUUGCAGAUGUUGCUGAUGAGGUAAACACUUGUGAAGAGUCAUUUUCCAGAGGAGGACGAUGGCGACAAUCACCAUUGAGUGAGAGGAAUAAUGUCAAUGUUAGGUUUGCUAAAUUUACUGGAGAGAUAAUCGCCAUUCUUGGUUGA